UGACGCGCCAUAGAGCAAGCGUUCACCACGAUAGUACUAAGUGGAAGUUGGACUUGGAUGGUGCUGGUCGUGCAAGCAAAAGCAAUAUUUUUCAGUGGAAAUAACUCGACGCCACCGUGGUGGUGCCGCCGCCUGCAUUAAUGACUACUUGCAAAAACGUGGAGUCUGGAACUGGAUUUCGUGGGCUUUUCGGGAAGGCGAUUCACAGGGUAGCCCGAUUUGGAUGAUGAUGAGUCUUCUUGUUCUUCUCGCCGCGCGCUGGCGCUAGCACACCAAUCGCAAUCCUCGCCGCCCCGCAUUCUGGUCGACACAGACGCGGAGCGGAUCAUGACGAAGCAUGAGGACUAAAACAAAGCUAAAACCGGUUUUGCGGGAGCCGCUGUCGAUGGAGCUCUGCGAAAGCGACCAUGACCGGCGCCACUACAAUUUCUACGAAUGUGGUGUAGAGGAACAGAUCCGAGGAACGAACUUUAGGACAGCUCCUGCCAUGCCCAUAUCGUUUCAUCCAGCAGCGGUUCCUAGCUUAUCUUCAACUAGCAGCUCUUCAGAAAGAAUUUCGGGCACGCCGUCCUCGUCGAGGCGAACACAAGAAGAGCGAAUUUUGCCGCGGCGCGGGAACAUCAAAAUCGAGAUCAGCAGCAGACCCACGUCGACCAGUAUGAGAAGAACAGUAGCAACAAGGAGAAAAAGCAGGCGAGGAUCUUUGCUAGCGAAAACCGUCGUCAAGCUCCUCUCUGCAACAACUGCAACGACGUCUUCAAGCCCUUUUUAUUUUUUCGCCCACGCCGCCAUGGCCACCGCCCCGAUGGUUUUGAACGAAUUGGACCGCGCGCUGCACGAGAAGGUGUCCGUAUCGCAAGAGAAAAGUGUUACAGUUACACAUUGUGUUGCAGGCCAAGCAAGACAGACGAGCUCUGUCAUGCCGGAUAUGCAUAGGACCCCUGUGUCGUGCGUGUUUUCCCGUAGGAUCUUUGCAUUGCAAGUUUUUUCUCUCAUGCAGAGAAAUUUGUGUUGCUGAAUUGCCAACAAAUGUGUAACUGUAACACUUUUUUCGUGUGAUAGUCCGCCGCGGCCUGCUACUCCCUGCCGCAUCUGAAGACCCCUCGGGUGAACGGGAACGUGAUUGGUUUGGCGAUCUCGGGACAGAACCUAGUCGCUUUAACCGAGGACAACGUGCUGCACUACCGCCCGUUGGUCUCGACAACGAGCACUAGUUCCUCAUUUUUGACGAGUACGAGUUCUUCAACCAAAAAUCGGGGUGUUCUUGUUGACCAAAUGCUGCAGAAAACCGAUGUAGACGCCACAUUCUCCUUCAUGACGAAAGCAGAUCUGGGAAAGGGCCAUGCGGCGGGAGUGGAGGUAUGAUUGGUUUUGGUAUCAUGUUGAUCAUUUGCUUUAUGCAUGUCAUGAUUCUGGAACUGCUAAAACUGUAUCUGAGUGUGAUUCUGAUGUUGCCCUUGUCGUAUGAUAAAAAAAGUGCAUUAUUCAAAACUCAGGACGCUGUCGUCGACUCCCCUUUAGUCCUAACCGGUCUCAGUGCCGAUCCAGAAGCGCAAAGAAUUGUGAAAGACGCUCAACGGACGAGAAAAAGCGUCACUACGCCGCUGGGCAUACGGUUGGUCGAAUCGGGUCGAUCAGUGACUAGUAGUGCAGGAGGAGCUACUUCUUCGGAUGCAGCUAGCGCAAAUGCCGUCGCGGAAGGACAAGCAGUCUCAGCUGCAAAUCCAGACGCAGCAAAUAAGGCCUCCUCCUCGGCCGAUGCCGCGUCUUCCUCGAAGGUUUCAAGUGCCACUCCUGAGGAAGUGUCAGGUGGUGAGGUCGUUCAAACUGGCCUGCACGUCUACGACCGAGAAGUGCCGGAGAGCCCGUAUUUGUAUCUCACGAUGCUAGAAGACGAGGGCGAGAAGAUCAUGAAAAGCAGAAGCGUCUCUACUGCGUCAACAAUCAGCACGACGAGCCGCCGGCUACUCCGGUACAACACCCAAGAUCACACGGCAGAAGAGCUCGAAGCCAGUGCAAAUCCCUAUGCGGCGAAGAUGACGGAAGAACGCGACGCGGCCUCUGCAGACGAAAAAAUCACCGCAGGCGUCAACAAUCCAGGUUCAGGUACAUCAACUAGCAGCAGUUCUUCCUUCGCCCUGAGCAGUGAGGGGCAGCACGUGUUCACCGUGGCAGCGGACGGGGUUCACAGGGACGGGAAAAAAUUUCUGUCGAUGGUCCCGGCGCCUAGAGCGGUCGCGAGUCUCGACGGUAGUGAUUUGCUGAACGGUUGUGCGGUCGUGAAGAAUUUGCGUUCAUUUUUAUGCGCUUGUAUAAGUUUGAGUACUUAAGGUUAAGUGCUAACAAACAGUAAGUUUUGUUUUGGUCCUGUUGGGGUUGGAAGCUGCAAAAAAUGAAAAUCCUGUUGAAAUCCCAAGGUUACCUCUUCGCAGUGGACAAGGAAAAUUCGCUGCACAUCUACAAGACCGAUAGUACGUCCGACGAGGUGGAGUCCCUAGUUUCCGAAGCGGAGAAGGAUCUCCGGCGGCCCAGUAUUGGAGCGACGGUGCCCGGAGGUGCGGGUAUUUCGGCGAAGAAAUACAAGGCUGCUGGUGCAGUCGCGACUGCUGCAAAACCAACAGCUACUUCAUCUUCUAGCGGUGGAACAACUCCAUCAAAGCCGGAAGUGAUCCUGGCAGAACAGAAGUUUACAGCGGAGACCGCCGGCGAAGCUGCAGCAGCAGCUUCGGGCGGGGGAGCAAUAGCAAAGAAGGAAGAGCAGGCCAGGUUGUCUGUGACUUCUACAGCGCUUGGUUUAUUUGCUCUGGGUUCCACCUCCCAAUCGCAAAAAUCUCCACCAGUCAUGAUCUCCGACGUCCCUGGUGAAACAUCAAAUCCAAACGUCGUCGCCAUCCAGCCACACCACUACCUGGACGCUGGGUUGAGUCCUGUGUCGACGACCACGUCCUCCAAGGCGGGGACGACCGCGAAUGACCCCGCAGCUGCGGAGGUGGGAGGUACAACUCUAGCUGGUGUAGACAAGAUGAACCAGGACCACGAUCAGGUCGCUCUCCUCCGCGGCAGCAAGAUUUCUGCCAAGAAGAUGAAAGGGUGCUUCAAGACCUGGGGGGAGGUGUUCAUCUACCUCAUCACAUUCACCCUGGUCGACCACUCGACGGACUGCGAACCUGGAACCCCGGUUGCCGAAGCGUUGGAGCACGGGGUGGUGCCGGAAAUCAAGUUAUGUAUUGCAAAUAUGUCUGGGUCUGGAAACUGCUAGUUCGUGCAUAGUGGGCGCACUGGGUUCUUACGCGGCCACGCAUUACAAGUUUCUGAGCUCCUAUGUCGUGUUGCGCUUCCCGCAUGAAAAACUGCGUUUUUGCAUGACAGGUAAGAGGCUGCUUUCCUGCUCAUGCAUGACAGAUUCAAGAGUCAUGCUGGACAAGCAUGACAAACUUGCAUUCUUCCAGACCCAGACAUUUUUGCAUUUGGUACAAGUUUUUGCGGACAAACUUGACACAACCCACAACCACGCCAGCGCCACCGGCAAGCGAAGUGAAAGCGCUGAUUAUCAAAGCGGUGAAAAGUAGGGACUUUGCGUUGUCACCGUGAUAUUGGCGCACAGUUGUACCAUGUAAGUAGAAGUACCUGAUUGAUGUCGACUUGUGUGUAUGGGAUGAAUUCGCCAACAAAGAUGAGACCCUCUUUGGGUUCCAUCAAACUAGAGGCUGUGUUUUUCCUCUCAGAUCAGAUUCCUAUAUUUCCGCGAUCAAUCUAUACGUACGGUGAUGCAGCGCCAGUUGACUGUCAGAAACCCCAUUUCACCUUUUUCAUACCUGUGCACGACGCGCUGGUCCGUUGGAAGCCAAAGAAGGAGGAUGAGGAGGAAGCCACGACCGCGGCCCCCCGAGAGGGCGAAUCUACUGCGGGCGUUGGAGAAAGCCCCGCUGGCGGGACGAAUUCGUUCCUGUUUUUUCUGCAGGUAGUGGAUACCACGACCAAGGCGGAGAGUGGCAAGAAAGUCGUGGUAGAACAGGACCAGAAUCAGCUGGACAAGCAGAUCUCCUCGUCUUCUCCUUCCAUCUCUGCAUCUUCCGCUGGGGACAGUGGGAAGCCCUCGGAAGUGAAGUCAGAUCCGGAUAAACGACCCCUGAUGUUGAAAUCAAAAACUACGAAUCCCGCUGUGUUAGAAGUACCUGCAGCGCCUCCCGUACCAGCACCUUCCUCGUUGUCGUUGGCAGCUGCUUCGCCAACAGCGAAGAAAACUGCCGCCAGUACAGCUGUUUCAUCUGCAAGAGACGAGACACAGUCCGGUGGUGUCGCAGAAGCUGAUGCUCAACAUCCUGCAAAGUCCGAACUGGCAGUGGAGCUGGAUCUUGCGAAAGAUCGAAAAGAACCUAUGGAACUAGCCGGCGCACCGGGCGGGGCGGGAGCUCUUUCACACGAUGCUGCGCCAUCAACAGCGGCUGAGGCAGCUGUAAAGGUAAAAAACACUGCAACAGCGGAGCAGGCUGAAGCAGGAGGUGCAACUGCAGCGACCACGGCUAGAAGUGCGAUCAUGAAUGAGGACAAGGGAAGCCUAAACGCUUCCACCACCUCAUCCUCCUCCUUCAGCUCUGCUGGCGAGCAGGCCAGCAGAUUAGCAGCGCACCUGGACGAGCUUGCGGCGGGCUUGCAGGACGCGCAGCAGCAUAUCCCACGAAAAAACUGCUUCACUGUGAUGAUUUUGCAAGAUCUGCAUCACAAGUUUGUUACGCAUGACACUGAAAAUUUGUCAUGCGCACUUCCCAAGGGAAAACACGCUGGAAAAUCCAAUGCCUUGCAUGUGUAGCAAGACAAAAAGUUUUGUGUUCCAUUUUCUGCAUCACAGGUUCACAGUGAAACAGUUUUUUCUUGCGAUACAGCAAGCGGGAGAUUUGUUACGACAGUCCAAGAACUAUCAAUCUCUGGAUGACUGGCGGUUGCAGCAUCGGGUUAUGCUUUGCAAAAGCAUCGCACUCGUAUAAAUGCAUUACAAAUUUCCUCAGCAUGAGAAAUAAAAUUUGUAAUGCGGAUUUACCUUAAGAACAGGACUUGUAAUGCAUGACUGCAAUACGUAUACGAGUGCGAUACUCUUGCACAGGAUACGGGUUUUGCUGGGGCAACGACACGGCGGGAUCAACAUGGGGGUUCUUUCGGGAGAGCAAGAGAAAGCCGGAACAAGUAGUAGCGAAGUAGAAGAAGCGCCAGCGCCAGUUCCUUCAGCGGCCCGAGUAGGAGGUGAAGUUCUUGCACUUGGUACUACGAGUCAGACGCAAGCUACUGCAGCAUCGGUUGCAGCUUCGACAACAACAACGGAGCAGGAAAGCAAGGUGAUGAAAAAGGAGCACGAGCAGGAACCGCGUUUAACAACUUCAAGGUCGGAAACAGCACCGGCAGUACGACCUGAAGUAGUACCAACAUCUGCUGCGGCAACUACACGCACGGAAACCAGCAACCCGGAAAAAUUGGAGUCCACCAGUAGAGCAGGUGAGAACAACAUUUCAUCCCCAGCACAGCUAGAACAAUUCCAACAGCUCCAACAACCCCAACAACUCGCGGAGUACAAACUUCCGAAGCUGCAUGAAGUCGACCCCGAUGUGAUGAAAAAUCCGGAAGACUUACCAGAAAACGACAACCGCAUCGCGCUAACCGCAGCGAGGAGCGGCGCGAAAGAUUUUACGGUGUUUCUGGGCAGUGGGCAGGAUGUGUUUCGCUUCGACGUGUCCUUGGGGGACAGCGGAUUGCCGUGCCCGGUGUGAGGAGGGGAGGAGCUCGACGUUGUACAAAGAAGAAAAAACUACCGACCGAUUGGAAACUUCUGCAUCAGCAGAUCCAGAUCAACACAAGUUUAAGUUACAACUUUCGUAUUUCAACAAUACUCUGACCUUGAUAAAAUUUCUACUUCUUGAUACCAAAAAAUAAGAAUACAGUUCACCAAGCGCAAGCCCGAUCGGCAAAGGCCUGCUUCAUGUUUCUUUGAAUUCACAACUUGAGUCAAUCUUACACCGAACAUGGAUUGUUGUCGUUUCCGCAUAGCAAACCUGUACAAUUUGAACACAGCCCCUGGGUUUUUUUACGAAUUAAAAUAAUCCAAGAUUCAAAAACACGACAGACAUGAUUAUGAGCACGACCGCUGGGGGUUGCAAUGUACCUGUAGAAUUUCGUUUAUGUGAAGCCAGGAAAAGGAAUACGCUGAAUCAUCUGAUGUAGCAAUUGAGAGGACUCAUCUGGGCUUUUCUUUCAACAUCGACGUCGUAGUAAUUCUAAU